UGGCGGCGCCCAGUGACAAUGUGCGGGACUACUGUGUUAAAUUAAAUGAAAUGCUUACUGGAGAUUUCGUCGAGAGACAUUUGCAUACUCUACAAAGUUUAACAAAGGCUUUUCGCGAGCAAGAAUUCAGAGACAGCGUGGACAGAGAGGUCCUCCAGAUGCUGAUAGAGACUGUGUCCAAACUCAACGAAGGGAUGGAUGUGCCUUGUCCACCUCAGGCUCUGUACAUACAGCUCACAGCAGAGUGCUUCAGGAGCCAGAGGAACGCGUGUGUGCAGUGUCCCCGCAACCAGAACCUCAUUAGGGACCUGGGAUUCAUUAAAGUGUCACUCAGGCUUCUCCGUGCGCUCCUCGGGCUUCGGCUGGAGAGCACAGACUGCCUAUUUGAGGCUUUACGCUGUGGGGUGCAGUUCCUCGGGAACCUCGCCGUUGGAAACCAGGUUUGCAAAGACGACAUCUGGAUGCACGCUUUUCCACAUCUCUUCCUAGACCUCCUAGAUCACAAGGAUAGGAAGACAGCAGCCUACGCCUCCAUGUUGCUCUACACCUGCCUCGACUCACUCAAAGUGGACGAGUUGACCCUGCAGCAGGAGAACCUGGAUGUGGCCAAAAAGGUCAUUGGCUUGUGCCAGAGACAGCCAGAGCUCGACUGGACGGUUUUGAUUGUCACUCAGCAUUUCUUCAAGUCCUCCAAGCUUGUUGAGAAGUUAUAUGUUGGACUGAGUAAUCAAGAAAGGGUAAUGUUCCUGGAGCUGGUCACUGCCCAGCUUGUAGAGCCUCGGGAGGCUGCAGGGGACUCUGGCAUCCCUGCCGAGCUGGCUAAAUUCUUGGCCUCUUGCUUCCUGGAUGGAUGCAGGGCUGUACUGGAACUGGCCUCCUGCCCCUCUGCUGCUGAUGAGGAGGCUUUGACCGUAAUCAGACUUCUGGACGUGCUCUGUGAGAUGACUUCCGAUCGCCAGCCGUUCAUGUUUCUGCAGGACCAUCCCACCCUGCUCAGCACGACUGUCGAGCUCCUGAAAGAGGUCCACUUUCUGGGCAAGGUGGGUCGCAACAUCUUCAGCGCUCAGCAAGACUUCUCCAUGGCGGGACCGGCUUCCCACCCAGCCGUGAGCUUCAAGGCCCACCUGGUGCGGCUCAUUGCGAACCUGUGUCAUGGCAACUCUCACAACCAGAACAAGGUCAGAGAGAUGGAUGGCAUUGCUCUCAUCCUUGACAACUGCAACAUCGACAGCAACAAUCCCUUCAUCAGUCAAUGGGCUAUCUUUGCUCUGCGUGUGAUCUUGGACCACAACCGGAAGAACCAAGAGGUGGUGCAGGCGCUCGAGCGUCGUGGGGUUGCAGACGACUCGACCCUCAGGAAGAUGGGCUUCCGGCUAGAGGAGAGGGACGGGAGCUUGCUGCUGAAACCCAUCCGCAAGGAGCCCUGAGGACUCGGACCGGGAGCACCGGGGCGGAUGGACGCAUAGGGAGCAGCUCUGUGAUUUAAGCUCAUUUUAAAUUGGGCAUCAUUAAAUCAGGGGAUGGAAAAUUGCUGUAAAUAGAAAUGGUGACUCACUAUGUAAAUUUAGAAACAAUACAUUUAUGCAGUCUGUCCUUUUUCAUCCAGAGAUGUUCUAAAUGAAAGCGCUAAUCAUGGACUUUACAGUUAUUGAAUUUGCUAAGUUAGUUUUAUGCUGCUUUUGCCAUCUCAUUAAAUUUAAUUGCAUUUCUUCUUUCUCCAGCAUGAUGAAAUGCAAUUGUAGUUCUAAGGGGUAUCGUGAUGAAUGCCGUUACUUCAUACAGGCGUGUUUGAGGAUUUACAUGUUUCAGGUUUUUCACUUACUCCAUUGCUGCAUUCUGUGCAGGAAAUCAUUGGUAUGAGUUGUACAGAUAACUGUAUUAGACCAAUUAUGCAAAGAAAAUGAGUUGGAAUGAAAAACAGGUGACACUACAAUUUUUUUUCCCCUCCUGAAAACAAUUGAUCCAGCUUUCAAACCAUCUUCAGUCUGUCCAAACUGUAAAUAAAGAAAA